UGCUGGAGGGGUUUUGGCGUUCGGGGGGGCUCCCCAACGGUCGAAUGUAUGAAUUUUGUAGCCGUCCGCCCCCGGUCCCCCAUUGCAGAAUUCUGCGUCGUUGGCUUCUUCCUCCAGUACUGUGUCAGCGUUGUCGCCACUCGCCUCCAAUGCCACAGCAGAAGUGCGUGUACCGUAUCCGCUGCCUUGUCGUCCAUGGCUGACCUGUACCGCAGGCUGCCUUUGUUGCUGCUUGUCGUUGUCGUCUUCGUUCGUGGACGGAAAGCGACGCCACGAUCGUCGACGAAGGCGAGGAAGAUGGACAACCUUCAGAAGAAGACCACGCCGUCAGCAGUGGCAGGGGGGUCUUCACGUCUGCUUCGCACCGGUGUGGAAGGUGGCAGGCGGACGUAUGACCCAACUCUGUACAUCCACCUCCCGUCCCACGAGAUUCCGUUGCCUCCGAGUGAUGGCGACGCCGAUGACCCUCGAUCCUCAACGGUUCCCCUGGGCAGCGACUGGACGCAGGAUUGGAUGGGGAGCCAGCUGUUCAAACAACCACCGACACCGACGUACACUGAUCUUCCGGAAGGGUGGACCCUGGCCGGCUAUGACGCAGCACUUGUCGAUCUGAGCUUCGGUCUGAGGUCUGGUAGUGGCCCCGGAAAACCGUCGAGGGAGGCAAUUGGCGACUGCGCCGACUACUUCGUCGCCAUCGCCAACGGAGACGCAGGAGCUGAACCACCGUCCAUGCUCAUCAUGCCGCCGAACGAUGUGCCACGCUUCAAGAUCGACGAUCCGGCGCAGCGUGAACCGACUUUGUGCAAAGUACGCAUCGUGGAGAAACUGGUACUGCGCACCAUUCACAGGUGGAUCUUCAAAUCGUCAUCGAGGUCGAAUGACUUCGCUCGUGCAGAGUCGUACAUCACUGUCGACUAUGCUACCGACGUCGCACGAGCUGUUUGGAAGGGGUUGGAAUGGUCGAGAGUGGUUUCCCCAACCCUCGUUUACUACAUGCUGCAUAUGAAGAUGGAUAUGCCUCUGUGGUUCGAGGGGGUGAAAAUUGUGGACAAACCUGAAUAUGAUGACAUGGCGCCGCAACAGAGGGCGACAAUUCUUCGCGUGGUGGGGUGCUGGACAGAUGCGCUUUGGUGCGGACAAUGGGGAAACGGCGGCCGUUUGAAACAAGAGAGGUUAACGCGGCUUGCGGAUUGUCUGAGGGUUUUGUUGAGUGUGUGCAUGUGGAUAAUGCGCAUGGGUGGCGAUGACGAUCAUUCGCAUUAUGAUGCGGGAUUGCACGCAUCACUGACCACGACACCCACUCUCAUAGCGGCGGGGUCGUACAUCUUCAACUGGAGGCGACACAUCGUCGACAGCACCAACCUCGUGUUGGAUCACCUCGGGACACCCCACCUCACGCUGGGAGAGUACCCACAUUGCAUCCCAAAAUGGGUUGACUGCAGGUUGGUGUGCGAUCACAACGCCACUCUGAAGAAUGGAGCUGAAGCUGCAAAACACGACUGGAUAGACAACGGUCCUCCAGCGGAUGAAGAUGGCGGUGACGGCAAGUGACACGUGUGUUUAUUUGGAAGGUCAAUCAGCCGGGGUGGUCGUCCUCCAUGGGGUGGCAUUUUGAUCUCCAAACG